AUGGGCAAUGGUGAGGAGCGAAGGCCUGCUGCCCUACACGUCAUUGUCUUGGGCCCAGGAGGCGGUCCUCAGGAAUCCAACACGACAGCCUUUCUCGUCCGCUCCGUCGGCCAGAACUGGCGUAAGGGUUCCAUCAUUGCCGUCGAUGCUGGAGUUCACCUGUCCGCCAUCACGCGCCUGCUGCGCGAAUCGAUGCCUUCCUCGGUGUCGGUGGAGCCUCCUCACAUUCUGACACACGGUCCCUUUGCUGGCCUCUCCCUCCCUCACCGGUCGGCCGAUGCCAAUGCCGGCUACCUCACCAGCUCACUCAUCGAGGCGUGCCUCGUCACCCACCCUCACCUGGACCACAUCUCGGGCUUCGUCGUCAACACCGCCGGUCCACCGGGCGCCCGUCCCAAGAAGGUCGCCGGGCUGCCUGGGACCAUACAGGCUCUGAAGACGCACAUAUUCAACAACGUCAUCUGGCCCAAUCUGAGCGAUGAGGGCAACGGCGCCGGGCUCCUCACCUACAUGCGCCUAGUCGACGGCGGUAGUCCGACCCUGGGCUCCGGACAAGGCAAGGGGUAUGCCGAGGUCUGCGACGGCCUGCUCGUCAAAGUAUGGGCCGUCAGCCACGGCCACUGCAUAGAGAAGCAUAGCCAUCGCGGCUCCACAUCCAGCGCAUCGGGUCUUCACGAUCCGGCCCUCCAUAGAUCGUCAUCUUCGCGCCGUGCUCAGGGUUCCAUCUCGGCCUCUCAGACGCCCAGACGACACAGUCUCCUCGGUCAGGCUACCCUCGGCAACGCCACCUCUCCUGCCGCCCCACCCCGAACCAGCGCUACAGCUGCCGCCGCCGCCGCCGCCGCCGCCGCCGCCGCCGCCACUGCUGCUGCCAACUCUUCUCCAGUCGACGCAGGGAGCGGUAGCGGUGCCAGUAUUGGCGGAGAGCGGGAAGAGAUGUGCGUCGUCGACUCGAGCGCCUACUUCAUCCAGGAGCAGGAGAGUCACCGUGAGGUACUCAUAUUUGGCGACGUCGAGCCAGACAGCCUGUCCCUCAGUCCGCGCAACUUUCCGGUCUGGCAGGAAGCCGCCUCCAGGAUUGCCGCCGGCUCCCUGGCCGCCAUCUUCAUCGAGUGCAGCUACGACGACAGCCGCAGCAACGACCGGCUAUUCGGCCAUCUCAAGCCCAUCUUCGUCAUCGAGGAGCUCAACGUGCUGGCGGCCGAGGUGGCCGAGGUACGGCACAAGUCUUCUCGCUCCACGGCAGAAGCGGCAGCGGAAUCUCCGUGGGGGAGGAAGCGCAAGCGUGUAGUGUCCGAUGCAGAUGUUGCCGGACGUGCACGCGAUAGCCUCGCCGUCGCUGCCGCCGAUGAGCCCACAUCUCCCAGGACAUCUAGGCAGCAGCGGCCGAAUGCGGACGUCGCUCCCGGCGGCAGUGACGGAGAUGUCGCUCUGCCGCAGCCGUUCCUCGUCCCGCCGCCAUCACCACCAAUGACGACCCGCGGACAGCUCGCGGGGUUGAAGGUAGUGCUCAUUCAUAUCAAGGAGGUCUUGUCGGAUGACCAACCUGAUAUCGGGGCCGUCAUCCUGUCCGAAGUCCAGGGACAUGAAAAAGAGGCACAGUUGGGAUGUGAGUUUAUUGUAGCGAGAGCAGGUCAAAGUUUCUAUCUAUAG